AUGGGCAACACCAUUCCCGGCAAGGGACCAGGAACGCCGGCGAACGGCGCGCGCGAGACGUUCGAGCAGGGCGACACAACGCUCGUAGAAGUCCCCCUCCUGCGGAGGCAGUACAGCAGCGCGCGUGGCCCGGAUCAAGGCGCCGUUUUCGGCGCGAUCGACACGCUCUUGGCCGUCCACGACCAAACUCUGCGCCAGCGAGACGCCAGCGCUCGGGACGGAGGCACGCGUCGAAAGCGGGAGUUGGUUGAAAGCGGCCAAGUGGCGCGCGAGCCGUCCUCCUUGUUUCCGCAGCCCGCCGCGACGGUCGAAUUCAUCUCCGUGAGGCCCCCCUUCGUCCCGACGCCCAGGCGUCUGGUCGACGACGGAACGGCUGCAUUGUCAGCAUGCUUCGAAACCGCAGGGGAGCAUAGGGAGCCGCCCAAAGCGCGACCCAUCCAUCCGCGGCGGGCGGUGUCGGACAUCUGGUCGCUUUCCGUGGCGAAGAACGCGAGAAUGUCGCGGACGAAGCCCUUCGCGCCCGUCCCUGUUCCGGAGCUGCCGUCCUUCUCUCCCACCAUGGGGUCGCUGCUCAUUCAGAACGGCCUGAAGGACGUCUUCUCCGUGAGCCACCUCCGCGACCCCUUCCAGCGCGGCCUCCAGAGCAUCACGUCGACCCAGGAGGUCGCGCGACUGGGCCGGCGACUGCGCGCGAUGCUGUCAUGCGCCACCGGUGCACCGAGAGACGCGCGGCGCGCUGGUCCAGGUGGACCGGGAGAAGCCCGUCGCGACGCGGAUGGCCCAAAGUGCGCGGAUGACACUGGCGACCUCGGCGGCAUCGUCCACGGGCGCGCGCAGCGUCUGCAGCGCGUCUGUCUGCGGCAACCGCCGUACACGUCGUCGAGCCGGUUCCCCAUCGCCGACACCCUGCGGCGCGAGCUAGGAGUCGAUCGAUGCGAAGACCCCUCCGACGGUGCCCAGGACCUCGACGACGCGGCGCCGCGGCCGCAAGCGCAGGCCGAGGGGCCCGUGCGCGACGCGCGUGACGGACCCGCCCACGAGGCGCCGACCGUCAUCGUCAUCGACGACUCGCCUCGCCCUGGACAUGCAGUCGCUGGUGCGAGCAAGGACGCGCAAGGGCGCGAGCACGACACGCCUGCAGGACCGCCGCAACAGCCAACAACACACCUGACGGACCAGCACCUCGAGGUCCUCGGGGCGGCCGCUGCUGAUCUGAACGCGCUGUCGGGGCUCGCUGCGGGUCCCCACGGCCGGUCGUGGACGGCCGAGGCCCUGCUCGCGGUCCAACCGACUGACGAAUCCGUGCGGUCCGCGGGCGCGUCCGGGGGGCUCCGCGACCGAACAGCCUGUGCGGUGCUGCUGCAGGCGGCCGCGGUCGUGCGCGAGUACGGUCUCCACUGCGGACUGAGCUACGUGGCACACACGGGAGCCGCAGCACCGAAGAUCUCGCGGCACGUGCAGCGAACCGUGGCGGCGCUCCGGACCGCGUGCAUGCGGGUGCGGCGUCUCUCCGAUGCGGACCACCCCUGCCUGCCCCAACUGCAACGGGCAUUGACGACAGCGGUCGCAGCCAGCGCCGCAGCGGCUCCAUCGCAGGCCACCACCGGGGCAGAACGCUCGGCCGCGGUCGGCAUCGUCGCGGAUGCCAUCGCGUUCCCGGUCCUGCGCGACGUGGUGCGGGAGGUGUGCAGUGGGCAGGCGCCCGUCAUCCUGGGGCGAGCGGUCGCCGCGCACCUGGCCCAGGGGCGCUCGUCGCGAGCAGCGACCGUGCGGGAGCAGGUCUCGAGGCUCACCGACGACGCACGACCCGCGGUGUUCCUGGUCCCCACGUGGCUGUUCGACGCCGCGUUCCCCGUGUCGUCGUUCCACACCCUCAUCAUCUUCUCCAAAUCGCCACUGCGGGGCCUCGAGCAGGGCUUCCGGGCCACCCUGCGCUCUCGGACAUCUCCUCGAGUCGUGGAGCUGUGCUACACGGUCCGGGCCGCGCCCACGCACCCGCAGAUGCCUGAUCACUCGCCAGGCACGAGUGCAGGUGGCGCAGCUGGCACGAAGCGCGCGCGUGCGGGGACGAACGACGCGGUGCCGGUGGCCGACGUGACGGAGGCACCGCCGCCCGCCGCACUCCAUGAAGGCGCGGUUCGCCGGACCACAGCGCCACGCGGGGGGCCACCGGGCAGGAGCAGUGCGGGGGGCGGCGCCAAACGGCUGGCCGCACGCGGACCCGCAACGGUCCCGGACGUGGCGGAGGAGCGCGCGGUUCCAGUGCGAACGCCCGAGCCGCAAGCGCUGCCGGAGCAGCGCGUGUCCAACGCUGCCAAGCGCCAGCGCACAACCGCGCCAGCGCAAGUCGCGGACAAGACGGUCACGCCCGUCAACGAGGCAGCGCUGCGUCACAGUGCGCCGCCCGGAUGGGAGGCGGACGGGGCCGGGGCGCGCGACCAACCGCUCCAGCGCGCCGUGGUAGAGCGCCACCACCACGCGCGGGAUGACGCAUGCGGCGCCGCCGCCCCAGGGAGCGCCGAGCUGGCACCGGACCGACGCGGUGCCCGCUACACCGUGGUGUUGAACGCGCGCCGCAGUCCGUUCACGGAGCGCGAGCUGUCCCUGCUGCGGUCGAGGCUGGCGCCGCUGGACACGAGCAUCGCAGAGCUGAGGAUGGACGCGCCCGAGCUGUUCUGCAUGUCGCAGCGUGCGUGCGUCCUGCACAUCCAGUGCCAGGACGUGGCGUCGGCCGUGGACGAGGCCAGGCGCGCUCUCGGCCCGCUGUCGGCCCGCUACUCGAAGUGCAUCGUGCUGGUCGAGGUGGGCGGCCAACUGCCGGGGCAGGUCGCGGACGUGUCGUCGUGGGUGCAGCACACGCUGCAGAGCGACGUGGAUCCGGCCGUCCUCGGAGUCACGUCCGUGGUCGCGCAGGAUCGGGCCGAGGUCAUCGACGCGGUGACGGACGUGCUCAUCUGCGCCCCGCGCGCGCAGUCGGAGGAGCUCGCACAGCGCGGAGCGAUGCCCGCGAUCGCCGUCGUCGGGGUGCAGAGCUUCCUCGCGCGGUUCCCGUCCCUGAACCCCCUGGUCUGCGCCCGUCUCCAGAGCGCGGGAUGUCCCCCGGGGGUGGUGAUGGACAGCACCGUGGAGUGGCUGCGCUCCGUGGCGCCGGACGCGCCGGUGCGGUCCCUGGCGCUCUUCUCCCGGGCGGCGCGCGCCCUCGUGCGCAGGAACCGCCUCAACGCGUCGUCGGCGGCGCCGGCGACCACCCCGCCCAGGCGGCUCUCUGCACCCGCGUCGCGACGCUUCACGACGUUCGCCACGCAGCCUCAGGGCCGGUUCGAGGCCGGAUACGCAGCGUACGCCGAUCCGAACGACUCCUCCUACGCGCACGAGCAGGCGGCGGUCGGCCGCGCGGACACGGGGGACACGUUCGUGGGGCCGACGUCAGUCGGGUACAACCCCCCGGGGGAGUGGCGCACGCCGCCACUCGACCACGCCCUGGAGUACCGCCAGCAGCGCGACGAUGCGGAUGACCUCCUGCCGCUGGAGGCGUACGAGGACGCGGUCGUUGACGACGGAUUUUCCGGUCAGGAGCGGUGCUACGUCAACGCCGCCGCCAACUACGCACCGUGGGGGGGCGAGUACGCUGGCGGCGCGGACCCCUACGACCAGGACGGCGGGUACGAGAUGCAGCCGUACAUGCAGCCGGCGGAGAACGGGGGCUGGGCGCCGCCGGAGGACUCAGCGCAGGCGGGGUGGGGCGCGUGCGACCCCCCCUGGAGGGCUCCGCCCGCCGGUGCGUUCGCGGGUCAGUACGUGCCGGCGCCGGAGUCCGACUGGCGGUACGGGCGCUCCGCGCCCGAUCCUCGCGGCGGCUACCAGGCGGGCCAGGGCGGGUAUCAGUGGCAGGGCGGGUGGGAGCGAUGA